CUUGAUUUCACUAGCUAUUUCCGUGAUGCGAGCACAUUAGCAUUAAGCUACCUUCCCCUUUUUUUCUGUAAUUCAUUCAGACUCUGAUCGUUGUAUCCAACACGGAUGUUUCUUCGACUAAAGGAAAAAAGCUUUCGAGGUUUCUGGGCAGAAAGUGGUGUCAGUGCUGGUCCUGGGUCGUUGAACGGUUAAUGCACAAAGUAAAGAGGCUGAAAACUGAAGACAAAACAGAAGACGGCCAGGAAAGCAUCAGGCAGGCACUGGCAGGCAUGACCGGAGUGGACGAGCUCUCGGACAGCACAGAGGUGGUGGAGAUGGAGGAUGUGAAUCCCACCCAGUUCCAGGUGGAGAAGCAUACGUGGGAUGGCCUGCGGAAGAUCAUCCACAACAGCCGCAAGAACACAGGCGUGGUUAUCAACAAGGCGCCACACGACUUCCAGUUCAUCCAGAAGGACGAGACCAGUCCGCACUCCCACCGCAUCUACUACCUCGGAAUGCCUUACGCCAGCAGGGACAAUGCUUUACUCUACUCAGACAUCCCCAAGAAGGUCCGCAAAGAUGCUCUUUUGGUCUUGUCAUGGAAAAAGAUGCUGGAUCGCUUUCAGGCCAGCCCUCACCAAGGGGGCUUCUCACGGGAGGAGGAGCUGCUGCGAGAGAGGAAACGCUUGGGGGUGUCUGGCAUUACCUCCUAUGAUUACCACCGACCCAGCGGCCUCUUCCUGUUCCAGGCCAACAGCAGUCUGUACUAUUGCCGUGACGGUGGAAACAACAGCUUCACUACUUCUCCCAUGGAGCCUGUUGAAAUUAAGAGCAGUAGUUCAGGCACACGCAUGGACCCCAAGAUCUGCCCUGGGGACCCCAACUUCAUUGGCUUCAUCAACAACAAUGACAUUUGGGUGACCAGUAUUGAGACGGGUGAAGAGAGGAGGCUCACCUUCUGCCACAAAGGUAUUGAAAACCCAAAAUCUGCCGGUGUUGCCACUUUUGUCACGCAGGAAGAGUUUGACCGCUUCACCGGUUACUGGUGGUCACCAGCUGCACGUGAAGAAUCAGAUGGUGGUAAGACUCUGCAAAUUCUUUACGAGGAAGUUGAUGAGUCUGAAGUUGAGAUCAUUCAUGUUCCAUCUCCGGCUUUGGAAGAGCGUAAGACGGACGUCUACAGAUACCCACGCGCAGGCAGCAAGAAUCCGGAUAUCAAUCUCAAAUUAGCAGAAAUCAGGACAGACAAUCUCGGCAAAAUUGUCAGCACGCAGGAGAAGGAGUUGCCUGUUCCCUUCACCAGCCUGUUCCCUUGUGCUGAAUACAUCACCAGAGCCGGAUGGACAAAAGAUGGCAGAUAUGCGUGGGCGGUCAUGAUGGAAAGACGGCAGCAGCGUCUCCAGUUAGUCCUGUUGCCUCCAGAGCUCUUCAUCCCUGCACAUCAGGACGGAGCCAACAGGCAUCAGAGCCUAGAGGCCCUCGGAGACACCGUCCAUCCCUUCAUCAUCUACCAGGAGACCAGCGACAUCUGGAUCAAUGUGCACGACAUCUUCCAUCCGUUUAUCCAAACCAGUGAUGAUGAGAUCAGCUUCAUAGCAGUAAAUGAAUCAAAAACAGGUUUCUGUCACCUGUAUAAGAUCACCUCAGUGUUACAGCAGGGCAGCUACAACUGGGCCAACGGCUACAUGCACUCUGAAGAUGAUUUCAAGUGUCCAAUCAAAGAGGAGGUCACAAUAACCAGUGGGGAGUGGGAGGUGCUGGCCAAUCACGGCGCGAAGCGUUCAUCAAGUCCUCAGAUUUGGGUGGACGAGGCAGCCAAGUUGGUUUACUUCCAGGGAACCAAAGACUCUCCUCUGGAGCAUCACCUUUACGUUGUGAGCUACUACUCACCGGCUGAAAUCGUCCGACUCACCAAACCCGGCUUCUCCCACAGCUGCUCAGUGAGCCAGACCUUCGACAUGUUUGUCAGCCAUUACAGCAGCUUGACCACAGCACCCUGUGUUCACAUCUACAAGCUGGAGGGCUCAGACGACGACCCGCUGCACAAAGAGCCUCAGUUUUGGGCGAGCAUGAUGGAGUCCUCUGGUUUCCCUUUCGACGUCACACCUCCAGAGAUCUUUAGCUUCACAGGGAAGUCGGGCUUCGAUCUGUACGGCAUGUUGUACAAACCACACCACCUGGUCCCGGGCAGGAAACAUCCAACUGUCGUCUUUGUCUACGGUGGCCCGCAGGUCCAGUUAGUGAAUAACUCUUAUAAAGGAGUGAAGUACCUGCGGCUGAGCACGCUGGCUUCUCUAGGCUAUGCUGUGCUGGUCAUCGAUGGACGAGGCUCCUGUCAGCGGGGACUCAAGUUUGAAGGAGCUGUGAAGGACAAAAUGGGUCAGGUGGAGAUUGAGGACCAGGUGGAGGGUUUACACUACGUAGCUGAAAAGUACAAGUUUGUUGACCUGAGUCGUGUUGCCAUCCAUGGCUGGUCAUACGGAGGCUUCCUCUCCCUUAUGGGCCUCAUCCACAAACCUGACAUCUUCAAGGUUGCCGUUGCAGGAGCUCCAGUGACGUUGUGGAUGGCCUAUGACACCGGCUACACAGAGCGAUAUUUGGACACGCCUGACAAAAACCAGAAGGGAUACGAGGCUUGUUCUGUCGCCCUGCACGCCGACAAACUCCCCAAUGAGCCAAACCGAUUGCUGAUCCUGCACGGGUUUCUAGAUGAGAAUGUGCACUUUUUCCACACUAACUUCUUGGUGUCUCAACUUAUCCGGGCAGGAAAGCCUUACAGCCUGCAGAUUUAUCCCAACGAGCGACACAGCAUCCGAUGUCCAGAGUCCGGAGAACAUUACGAGAUUACGCUGCUGCACUUCCUCCAGCAGAACCUCUGAUAAGCUUUGCUACACACUGACCUGACCUUCCCUUCCUUCCUUCCUAACCCUUUUCUCCUUGUCUCCUCCUUUCCUUUCCUCCAUUUAUUUAAACCUGCAUCAGCUUCUCCUUUCCACUCGAUUUUAUGAUAUUAUGCUGACUGCAAGCUAUGCCAUACCUCAUCACACCUCAAGAGUUGUUUCUACAGUCUUAAAGGUGCUGAAGCAUUUAAGCAUCCAUAAAUCAUUACAAGAUUAAUUUUCAUAUUUAGAAUCAUCACCAUAAAUACAACCAUUACUGAGAGAAAGAAGUCUUGUAUUUUAUUUUACAAUGUAGGGAAAUCUGCUGGAUUGCUUUCAGCCCCAAAACAAGCAGAGGGUCCCGUUCCUCCUGAACACACAGGGCUGAGGCUUUCUGAGACUGUGGUGAUGGCAAAAGGUGGAACGAGUACAACAAAAAUACACAUGUCACAUUGAUGUUUAGACAGAACUUUGUCAGCAAUGAAACAAGUACAAACGUUGACCAGCAGUUCUCAGUUUUACUUUUUUUUUUUCAUGCAAUUCGUUUUUUAUUGAACUCUCACUUGUCACGUUUUUGUGGGACCCGACUGAUGAUCGUGUUCCUGUGUCUGUGAAAAACACUGGAGUGAUGUUAGCAAACGUAAAGCUCUAUAAGAGCAUUCAAGCAAACUCUAAACCCCCCUUGUUGUAUACUCUGUGCCCUCAUGUGCUAUCAUAGAUUACUUUUUAUGUGCUGUGCCACACUUUGGCAGAUUUACACGAAAAAAAAGUGACAUGCCACAUUUUUUGUGUAGUAUUAAAAAUGUUUUUUUAUGAAUUGUUAUGCAUUCAUAAAAGGUGGAACUAUGUAGCGACCUGUUGCUGUUUCACUCGCUCGCUCACUCGCUAGCUUAAAUUUUGUGGGGAGCUUCUUUUUCUUCUGUUGCUGCUGAGGACUUUUGCACAUAUUACAUAUAUUUGCCUUGGUGCCAACAAACUGACCUAUAAGAUGAUGUAUGACACAACUGUUAGCAGUCUGAGGUGCCUUGCUCGUAUAGUGUAUAUCAGGGAAUCUGUCUGAGGACCUACAACAAUAAAAUGCCUUGUUACGCGUUUGUCUGAUGACCAUCUGUAACAUGAGCCACCAUGACCUGUUCAUGGUUAAAUGUACUCUCAGAUAUUGAAGAAAUAAACAGAAGUGAACUUUUUUUUUUCCAAAGUCUUGUCA